AUGAAGGUCCCGGUGGUGGUGUCAGUUUUUGCGCUCGUCGCUCCAUUCGCGUCGGCUGCAUCCAGCCUCGCAUUCUGUGCCUCAGAUAACACGGGUGCUUCCUUUAAAGCUGUGAGCGAUAUAUUCCAAUCAAAUGGAGCAUGUAUAACUACCUGCGCCAAUUACGCCCUAGGUAUCCUACAAGGAAAGAAAUGCUGGUGCUCCAAUGUUGCUCCCUCUAAGGGGUCGCGAUCCGAAACCUCUGACUGUAGUACUUCCUGCCCGGGUUAUCCCUCAGACAGCUGUGGAAGUUCAUCCAAAGGAGUGUUUGCCUACGUGGAAAUCCCCAACAACGAUGUGACUAGCACAGCUGGUGGUUCAUCAACAUCAAAAACCACUUCGUCGUCGUCCUCGGAGACAACUUCAACUUCAAGCUCAACCUCGUCAACUUCAUCGGAUGAGAAAACAACCAGUACCUCGGCUACUGUCUCAGUGCAGACCAACUCUGGCGGCCAAGUCAAGACAAUCACCGUUGCUGGUUCAAGCUCGACUGCUGGCUCUAGCGCUGAUUCCGCAUCGGCCAACGCCAGCGCUGCUGGCAGCUCGGGAUUGAGCGGAGGUUCCAUCGCAGGCAUUGUGAUUGGUGUUAUUGGAGGACUUGCCCUGAUCGGUGCUCUCAUCUUCAUGAUCUUCUUCUACCGCAAACGCGCUCGUGCCGUCAGCCCGAUCCCAAGCCAGGAGAUGGCCGACGACAGAACCAGCCGAGGAUCGAGCUUCAUGGGAGGCCUCUUCCCACGGGGCAAUGGAGAAGGCGGUGCCGGUGGACCUGUUCCCGCACGUUCGGGCACAACAUUCACCGAUCGGCGAAUGAAGACCAACACGACUCUCUACCCGCACGGUGCGCGGGACAGUAGUGUUUCGCUGCAAGACAACGAAGACUACUCACGUCCUGUUCUUCGGCUUACCAACCCCGACUAA